AGGAAGGGCCGCGGCGCGGAGCUGAGCCUCGUACUCCGCCAGGCCGCGUCCCAGCGCCCCGCCGCCCAGGAUCUUCCUGGGGAGCCCAGCCUUAGGACCAGGAGCCGGGGGCGGCCCCUCAGCUCGCUGCCCAAAGAGAAGACCUCUGAGAAAAAGGCCAAAGGGGGCAAGAGGAAGACGGCCUCGGACCCGGGGGAGGAGAGACCCAUGGGGACCGGGCCCAACCCCGACGGGCUGGGCGACAGCGAGAACGCGGAGCUGACGGAGACCUACUGCGCCGAGAAGUGGCGCUCGGUCUGCAACUUCUUCGUCAAUUUCUGGAACGGUUGAGGGGCUGCUGGCCUGCGGGGAGACGGGGCGGGGAAGCUAACGGCAACGUAGACCGAGGGCCACCUGCAUAGAACGAGGAGGAGUCUAGAUUCUAAAGCGGGCAGGGGGUGGGUGGGGAUCUCUGAGGCAGAGAAAGGUUUUGAAGGUCUCUAACAGCAGAAGAAAUAGUAGGAGCAAGAUAGGCUUACAUUAAAUUUGCCAGAACUACAGUGGUGCAGAGAGGCAGAGCAGAGGGAAGUAGGAGUGACUAAAGCAAUAGGAAUCGUGGGAAGCAAGAUGCAAUGUAUUUUAACACAUUUAUAUUAAAAUGUAGUGGUGAGUAUUAGAUAACUUGAGCCAGGUUGAAUUGGUCAAUGUCUUACCUAUUCUGCUGACACGAUGACAGAUCGACCCCCUUCUGUAUCGGUGUGAACUUCAGGGUGGCUUGGUGUGUGUCAUAGAUGACUUCUGUGGAAACACAAUUUUCUGUGACCUCAUGGAUCAAAACUGCCUUCGAGAAAAUAUUUUCAGGAGGCUUGCCUUUCAAUUCUUUUAAAAUUGCAUUUUUUUUAAAGCAGAGCAAUGCCUAAUUUUUGAAACCUCCCAUUAACCACGAAAAUUCAGAAGUGAAUUGUAGAAGUUGGGUACUCUGAUAGGGUUUUUUGAAGGGGAUAUGGGGAUCGAACUCAGAACCUUGUGCUUGUGAGGCAG